AAUGAACAGGAGGAAGGAAAUGUAAACCGCCAUCUUGGUAACAUUGUGCAGAUUAAUGCGCAGUAUUCUAUGGAAUUCGAGUUAGCUCAAAUGUAUGAUUCCUACUGAGGUCAAGAAGGCAACAUCAGAGGAUGUAAGUGAUUAUCUAAGGGCCGGGGAAAUGACUUUUAAGAUUGCUAAGGUUUUAUUGCUACAAAACGUUAAUGUCCAAAUAGUGUUUUUUUUCAUUGAUGACGUCAUUUACCAGGCGUGAUAUUUAGAUACUCUGAAACAUUGUAAGAUGCUUCAAUAUUGAAUUGCAAUGUAUGCAUUUAAUGUUUUAUUACGUUUUAUCUCUCCAACUUUGUGAUACCUUAACCAAUUUAAAGGCUUUAUUAGAGUACUUUUUGCAGUUAUACUUUCUCUUGUUAUACUUGUAAUCGUGAUGAACUCUUCUCUUGCUUAUACGUUUUCCUCGGCUUUUACUUCUGUUUAACCUUGAUGUCAUUGAUUUUAAAUGUCACCGCGACCUUGUGUCUAUUGCUUUAAUAGUGUGAUUUUUUAAUAUCCCAGAGUGCCCCCCAAAAAUUAACUUUAAAAAUUACAAUUAUAAAUUGCUGAGGUUUACUAUUCUCUUAUGCCUCUUCAUUAUUAUAAUUUGCAUUGAUUGCAAUUGUUACUAAUUGUGGUCUAUAAUAGACUUAAGAAAAGUAUAGGCCAACGAUUGGAAACAACAAAGAAAAUGGGCUUAUUAAUUGACUUUAGAUAUCCCUGUGGAAAGUGAUCUGUACUUAAAUAUCCAUAGUUAAGGUAAUUCGACCAUUUGCCCUCCACUGCACAGCUCAUUACUAAUCCAUUGCAUCUUCUGUGAACCAAAUGGAUUUAACAGGGCUUGUCAUGUAAUGGCGGAAAUCUAUUAUUAGUACUGCUGUAAUCAUCCGGGUCUGUGGGUCGGACAAAAUGUUAACACUGUUCAGUACUCCUGUGUCAGCGAAGGGGCCCUUAACCUAAAUCAAAAACAAAAUAUUUUACGAAAUAUUCUACACAAUUUUUUACAGCUAUUUUGUGAAAUGAGAUUUCAUUGCGCGUACGGCAUUAUUAACAGUGACUCUUAUAAACAAGGAUCGUCCCAACGAUUUGUUGAAACACACUACUAGUAGUAUUAGCUGCCAUGUUAUAAGGAAUAUUUGUCCAACGUUCUAAAAAUAAAAACGCUAUGACGUUUUGCGGUCUGAGAAAUCACAAACCCUAUAUCAAAUAUAGAUUUAAAUCAACAAAAUUUAAAAGUCUACAACAGGCAUGUAUUUUUUUGUUAAAAGUCGCCCUGUUGAUCCAUGGGUACCUCACACAUAGCUUCUCGAAAUAUAAAACAAUUUUUCAUAAUUUUCAAUCCAAUGUGAUUGAACACGAAUCUUAGCGGACCAGGUGCAGACCAGUAACUCGCUUGAGUACCGGUGCCGUAAUUUGAGUGAAUAAUGUUUGCAGAAGCUCCCACAUGUGGUUAAUAGAUGGCGCUUAGGACCUUAAUGCUUGUUUUACGAGCCUUCAAUUAUUUUUUUAAAAAUAUAUAUCCGCUAUUUUGAAGUGUAAUUGUAAGAAUUAGACAUCGGGCGCCUGGGGUAAACCUAAAUUCGGCAAGGCACCGAAAAGUAAAAAAAACAAAAAAACUUCUACUAGGACCCACUGUGCUGGCCAAACAAAGAAAUUACGUCACGCAAUCUUGGACUAGCGAGCGCAUUUUUUUAAAAUAAAACACAAAGUAACCGUAUGACGAUAAUGACCAAACGUUAUGCUAUAGUUUUAUGAUUAAAGCCUUUGAACAUAAUUUGCAAUUGUGGGUUUCAAAUUUCCCAGAUUUUCAUGUGUCAGGUGGCUUAGUUAGAUGUAAAUAAGCCCAUUUAUGGACUGUCAGAAUUUUAGUAUCAUUAUUGCGUAAUUUGCCCAUAAUUAUACCAUACAUACUUUCUCCCGAGGACAUCUUAUCCCAUACGCUAAAUGAACUAAACAUCGCAAAUCAUCAACCACACCCCUCUCUCAUAUGUAUGGCCACAUAUUCAAUGACAGGGCGUUAGGCAAAGCCGUGGUUUUUUAAAGGCUAUUUGAUUGGUACCCGAUACUUGCAGCGAGAUCUCCAUGGACAAGCUCUAACUCUGACCAAAAAGUACCAAUGUUAUUCAAGUGAAUUUAUUUGCUUGGUCCCGCUCAACAAAAGAUCAUGCUCCUAACGGUCAGUAACGUUUGGUAUACCUUUCUUUUGGGAGAAUAAAUGCGUACCUGUACCGUAGUUUAUGUUUAAGCCAAGUUGAGUGCUGACGAUUAUUCCAUAUACCUUUAUGUGGGCAGCUAACUCAGAAGUAUCAAAUUGUGUUCAUCUAUUGAUUUACUUUACCCUAGUAUGCAUACAAUGUUCUGGAGUGUGCACACAAUGUUCUGGAAUGUGAAUAUACGUUGUUACCGAGUUUGCAUACAUUGCUCCAGAGUGUGCAUACAAUGUUCCAGGGGGUUCAUACAAUGUUCCGUAGUGAGCAUACAUCGUUUCGGAGUGUGCAUAUAUUGUCCCCCGAGUGUGCAUACAAUGUUACGGAGUGCGCAUACAUUGUUCCGAAUCUAAACUGAAGAAUUGUCGUGCGAUCAGAAGCUGAGAUUGGUGAAAACAUCAUGUGCACGAUUAAGCUACCGUACCAAUAUGACAGUGUCACCUCCAGCUUCAUUACUAACUCGGCUAUUAGUACACUCGUCUACUUCUAUGAGUCCAUGCAAGGGUAGUAGUCAUAAGUUAUUUGACGCUUAUAUUCUCUCUUGUUACAUUUUUUGUUAGAAUACAGCGUUUGGUCAGGCCAUUCCACGGUCUGUUGUUAGAUUUCAGAGUUUGGUCAGGCCAUUCCACGGUCUGUUGUUAGAUUGCAGAGUUUGGUCCAUUCAAGGAAAUGAGAAUCACUGUUAUGUGUAGAUUACUGUUGUAAUGUUUGGAAUGGAAAAGGAUGUUUAGUUUAGAGAUUUCGUGUGUAAUUGUGUGCGAUUGUUGUGACGUAUUUGGAUAAGGGAAGAUGAUGCGUGCGUUUUAGUGUUGAUAUACCCGGUGCCGGUAAUGCAGGAAUGGCCGUUGUGUGAUAUUCACGGCGUGGCUUGUGUUUGUGUGUUGAGGAUGUCGCCUGAAUAUAUUUUCAAAGGAGAGCGUUGAUUUGUUUACGAGUUGAGUUGUUCGGGUACAUUGCUCCGGCAGGUUUUGACGAUGUAUAACAAACUUACAGCAUUUGACUCAUAUCAAGAUAUUCAGUGUUUGCUGUGUUGAUGUCGGCUGCACUGGUCCGUGUGAAGAAGUAAGAGACUAGGAUGUUGUCCCACGGGUGGGCUUCUUGCUUCGAAGGGUGGAUGAGCACAGGAGGCUGAGAUCUACAUUUAGUCAGUCAGUACAUUCCACGGUCUGUUGUUAGAUUAUUCAUUUAAUGUAUACUUAUUUAAAUGUUGUUGUUUUUGUUGUUUUUUUGUUUUGUUGUUGUUUUGUUGUUGUUGUUUUCCCUAAUGAAGACAUGCGCCGUAGCGUUUACAUUUUUAUUGUGCACAAUCGCCAUUAAAGAUGAACAUCUAUUGUUUUAUUGACACAAACUGUUUGUGUGUAAUUCAUCUGAGAUCUGACAGUGUUGGUCGGUGCAUUCUACGGGAUUAUUAGUGUUGGCGGUGGUGGUGGUGUUGUUUAAUAUGAUGCGUUCUGGGAUUAGAAUCCCAGACUUUCUUUAUACUACCGGGUAAUUGUAUCCAACUGCACCACACAGAAAUCGCACGCAGUGGCGUUGGAAUGGGGAUUGCAGAGGGGGCGGACCGCGCCGGGUGCCACAUUUUUCUUUAAAUAAAGGGGCGUCAUUUUCGGCCAAAUGUAGAGUUUUUUUUUUUUAAUUGGAAGAGUGGGAAAAAAAAUCUUGGCUAGCCCCGGGUGACACAGUCCAAGCUUAGCCGCUGAUUGCUCGUGAAUGUUAGUCUGUGUUCUUUGAUAGCAGGAGUUGUCAUUGAAUGGCGGAAAUCUAUUAAUAGAACAGACGGAAGUACGGUAUGGCCAAUCUCAUUAAGAUAUUAAUAAAACAUCCUGGUGCUCCGUUUGGUCAAUCUUUCAACAGCUUUUCGGUUCGUCUACGUGUAAGCGAGUCAACAUCUUGGGUCUUAACCUAGGCGAAAACGUGUUGACAACUUUAUUUUACGAAAGUGUUUUGCAAAAAAAAAAAAAAAAGAAGUGUAACUGCUAUAUAAAUGGCGAAAUACAUUGUAAUAGUCUAUUUUUUACGCAGACAUUGUCUAAUGUGUAAGCGAGUCAACAUCUUGGGUCUUAACCUAGGCGAAAACGUGUUGACAACUUUAUUUUACGAAAGUGUUUUGCAAAAAAAAAAAAGAAGAAGUGUAACUGCUAUAUAAAUGGCGAAAUACAUUGUAAGAGGCUAUGUUUUACGAAGACAUUGUCUAAAAUUAGUAACAUUACGCAAUGCGAUGUGACGUUUUCCGGUCUUAGAAAUGUCAAACCCUAUCAUAUGGGAUAUGUUCAAAUUUUUGACAAUCGGAGUAGCUUGCCCAUGGUUGCCACCUACUUUUACCGAUAGGGUUCCAAAAUCAUGUUAGUUGUUUCUAAACUCGAUUCCAGUAAAUUAAGUAGGGUUAAUUAAAACAUACCCAAUAAUAUAGUUUUUAAAAUAAAAUGUAUGCUUUUACUCUGAAUAAAUUCUUUCCCCUCAAUUCACGGUAAUGUCAUCCGAUCCAUGUUUACUCAGCCAAACCAUGACAACAUCAAAUGAUAUGAAAGCACACAUGAUAUUCACCAAUCCAAUAUACUUUUCCCCGAAAAUAAAAGGUCUUUCCUUCUUCUUCUUCUAAAUAUUAAGGGCCCACGAUCAAUGUAUUGAUCAUUCUGGCGCCUAUGCAUGUGGAGCAGAUUUGCAAUGUUUCUGUUUAAUGCUUGAGCAGUGGACCAGCCCAUUAUUUAUCGUGUACAUCACGUACCUAAUAGAGUUAGGCUUUACUUCUGUCUUGAUAUUUAUGUGUACAUGGCCUCGGGACGAGGCUGAUUGUACAAUGUACACUUUUGUGAACUCACAGAGAUUGUCGUUUUCAAUAUCUUCUUAAAAAAAAAAAAAGAAAGAAAAAGACCCAGUCUACAUUGGGGUCUUCGGUAUAGCUUCAAAUUCAAGACAUUUAUAUCUAAAGUUUCGUUAUUAUAGAUGUCUGUCAAAAGGAGACUUAAUCUUCCUCAAAGUUAGGCUUCAACUAUAUUUAAAUAUAAAUUAUAAACCCAUCGGAACAAAAUAUAAAAAAAUAGUAAGCGGCAUCCGGUCCCCCCCAGUUUGCGGCGUGGCACGACGUCACUGGUUGACCUAGAUUCAGGCCGGCGAUAAUGGCUGCCCUAGGCCUAGAGAAAAGUUGUGAAGUGUGCGUCCAUAACAGACGCUGGUGGGUUGAGUGAUACAAUAGCCUACUAAACUUACUAUUCUUACUUUGGCAGGCGUAGGUCUUCAAAAGUUUUUCAAAUGUAAUAUAUACAUCGUAUCCGUAUUGCUCUGUUUGCAACAAACAUUGAUAACAUUGCUAAGGUUCUUGAACUAGCGCUUCUGGUGUAGAAUUAAAAUAACUCUCCAUGACCAUAGUCCCAUAGGCUUACAUUUAGCAAACAUCUUUCCCGUUGCCUUUGUUUAGCGAUGGGGUGCCAAUUUCUACCCACCCGAAAGAAAGAAUAUGUUACGUAAUAAUUAAUCUCAAUAAUAGCCGAAACGCGACACCAGGGUGAGCCACAUGUUUGUGUUUUUGCAAUAUUUUUUUUUAGUUUAUUUUUUUAAUUGGUACCGAUAACAAUUUAUUUGGAAGUGUUUGAGCUCGUAUUCGUUUGUAUAAUCCCUUUAAAUUUUUUUUUUUUUUUUUUUGUGUUGGUUUUUUUGUAAAUCAAAAAUAAUGAAUUUUAGUUGUCCAUCUUUGAUUAGUCCAAGAUUGAAUAAUUAACACUCAGGUGUUGACCCCCACGUGUUGCUCUCUCUUUUUUUUUUAAAAAUCAUACCGGAAAUCCUUAAACUGCGGUAAAAAUUAAAACAGGAAGUAACUAAAUUUUUGACAUGAAUUCAAUAAAUUACAUUCUAGUAUCGGAGUAUUGACCUUCUUUCCAUGAUGACGUUGGUUCUAUGACAACAAUACAAUAUAGGUCAGGAAGUUACGUGAAUGUGUAGGCCUAUAGUAUAAUAUGGUUAAUACGCCAUUUUUGUUGAUGCGUUUCCGAGUUGGCCUACGCCUACUGGCAUAAUCAUAAAAUAACUUUUGAAUCAGUGAGAGUAGCAGUAGUCAGUAGACUGUGUAGUGGGUGACUGUAGGCGUAGGCGUAAUAAGCAUUAGACUCAGAAGACUAAGACCUACAUAGAAUUCUUAGACUCCUUAAUAAAACAACUUAAUUUAAUAUAAUUAGCAAUGAGGCUUAUAAUUAUAAAUACAUAAUUAUAUAUAUAGAGUAAUACCUAGUGAUUUUUUUGUCUUGUUCAUGCCAUGCCAUAGAAAUAAAAUGAUAGGCUGCAAGGCCACUAUGAUUCAUUUAUCAUCAUUUAUUAUGAUUGAUUAUAAUUGAUAUGUUGUUGGACUGGUUGUUUUUUUUUUAGAUAGGAUAGAUAAAAGUUAAAGAAAAUUAAAGUCAACUAUUUACUGUUAAGCCUAAUUGACCUAAAAAAAAAUGUUAUCAAUUAGAAAUGAAAUUAUUGAAAUUGGACCUACAUUCUUUUCAUUAAGUUAUUUGAAAUGUUGAGUGAAUGAUGAUAUAGAUGUUGAACUUUAUUAUAAAUUAUGUAUAAGUAUAAUUAAGUCACAGUUGACUUGAAAUAUUUUGUGUACUACUAGUGUACUACUUAAGUCUACUAAAAAAAAAAAGGGUGUGUGGGGGGGGGGGGGUUCCAUUUAUAUUACAUGAUAAUGUGUUUACUGUUCAAAUUUUGUGAAAAAAUUUAAUUAACAAAUUUUUUGUCCAGUCCACAUCAUAGUAAAAAAAAAAAAUGCAUCUUUUUCUGUCAUUUGGCUUAGUAGUAGUAGUUUAUAGAUUAUAACUUUUUCUACAUUAUUUAAUGUAUUAAUUAACUAAAUAGAUUAUAUUCAUUAAAUAACAAUAAAAAAUUUAGGUGUGGGCAGCAUUUGUUUAUUUUUUAUUUAUUGUUUAAUUAUAUAUAUAUAUAUAUAUUCUACUUUUUUUUUGUAUGCAAAUUUUAAUUAAUUUAACUGAUAACAUUAAAGUUUGGGCAUGAAACAGACCAAUCGAAACAUUUAUUUUACCGUCUGAUCUCUUUAGCAUUGCUUUAUUCUACCAGUUGACUUAAUUAACAGAUAUUUGUAUUCAUGUUAUUAUGUAUUUUAGAAAAACAUAAACAAUUUGUAUGGGCUGUCUAAAUUAUAUUAUUUAAACACAUGAUUAUUUACUUUGGUUUUCUUUACAGGCUUGCCAAACAUUUUUCAACAAGACUAUAAUUUUUUGACAUGGGAAGCAGACUAAAAGAGAAUAUAACUGCUGUCAGCAUAGAAAGCAUAUCAUAGUGAGACUAUCAUCUUCAAAAAUCAAUACUUUAUUCACCAUCGUUUUUAACAUCAGCCAAUAAACCGGAGAUGUCAGAAAAUCAAAUCAAUUUGAAAAAUGAUAACCCAACGGCAUCAAUUCAGUCUUCAUAUUUAAAUGAAUCGACUCAUGGAAAAGCAGAUAUUUCAGGAACUGGAGUAAUGACAUCUGAGAACAGCUCUAUGUCAAUAUCAGGAACUGGAGUAAUGACAUCUGAGAACAGUUCUUUGUCAAUUUCAGGAACUGGAGUAAUGACAUCUGAGAACAGCUCUUUGUCAAUAUCAGGAACUGGAGCAAUGACAUCUGAGAACAGCUCUUUGGCAAUAUCAGGAACUGGAGUAAUGACAUCUGAGAACAGCUCUUUGUCAAUAUCAGGAACUGGAGUAAUGACAUCUGAGAACAGCUCUUUAUCAAUUUCAGAAACUGGAGUAAUGGCAUCUGAGAACAGCUCUUUGUCAAUUUCAGAAACUGUGGUAAUGCCUUCUGAGAACAGCUUUUUGUCAAAAACUGAUUCCCUUCAAGCUGUUGGGUCAAUGAAAAUUAAUUCAGACAGCCAUGGGAAAAUUGAAAAUAUAUCCACUUCUGUUGGACACAGGGAUUUGAUGACCAAUGGAUCAAAUCCGUCAAAUGUGACAGAUGACCCACUCGCAGGAUGUUUUGAAGUUUCAAAAAAGUCUGAUGAGAAAGUUAAAAAAGUUAGUAAAAUAAUUAUCCGACCAACGCAGAAUCAAACAAGUUUAAAAGUUGCAGACACACAAAUAAUGCAGACUCUAGGCUUUAUUCUUCGUGACCCUGAGCAAACUUCAAACACAUUUCAAUUGCACAAACUUCAACUUCGCAAACCUGAAGCGUUGAAAAAUGUUAAACUGCAAGUGGGUGAAAUAACAACUCAAACUCCUGUGGCAAUUCAACCGAGAGCUAAAUCUUUGUUGAAAACAAUAGUUGUUGACAGUACAGCCUCUACAUCUUAUGUCCAGACGACCCCCAUAACCUCUUCUAUUCAACCGCAUACUACACCGGCAACUCUUCAGGAGUCAUCCGAUAAUGUAGUGAAAAAUGCCAUGCUUUCCAACUCGGCAGGCCCCCAUUUCAUGCGUCAUGGUCGACUAGUGUUUCAUUCCCCAGCCAGCAACAAAAUCACCCCUGUCCCAACAGCAGGAACCAACAACACUGUUCAAGCCACAGCUGCCAAAACAGCAGCCAUUCAUUCUAUAAUAGGUAAGAUAAUUCAAAAUUCAAAAACAAGUUCACCCUCCGCACUCGACUCCAGUCAAACACAUAUUGGUACAUCACUCCUUACGUCUGCUGCUACAUUGACGGUUCAAAAUGGUACAAAAACUACCGAGCAUUCAACAUCGGCUUCAGAUGUUUCCAGUCUGCCUGUGCCUUCAUCCAUUGUUUCAAAAGCUAAGACCUCUUUGAUCACAAUGUCAAAUGUGACCAGGUCAUCCUUACCACCACCAACCAAUCCCCUUGUUCCAAAAUUAUCAGUGCAGCCUGUGUUAAUUAAGUCGAGCCUGCCACCAUCAACGGGCGCAAAAACAGCGACAUCAAAUGUGAAAUCAACUGUUUCAGGAAAGACCACAUUCAACUUGAAACAGUUAGAAGUUUCAAAUGUAAGAAAUGAGUCCAUUCAUUCAUCAUUAACUUCUGUAGCUAACUUGGCUGUGCAACCAUCAACUACUUCCAAACAUUCAUCAACAACUAAUUCAGUUUUAUCCAAUCUGGAAACAGAACCAAUAAUCAUUUCAAAUUCCCCUCCACAACCAUCAACACUUUCUCAACCUCUUCCUUUUACUGCAAUCCUGAACAAUCUAAAACAAUCUCACCAAUCAUCUCAAAACAAAAAACAAUCUCAC